CUGUAGCAGGCGAACAAGAGGCAUGGCCGAGGCAGCUGGCGGUACGGCUGGAACAAGCAGAGAGGAAGAGGCGCACGUGAGUGUGGGCAGCGUUGGUGAGGCGAGCAGCAAUAGGCGCAACAUGGCGGCGUAUGUCGGGUGGACCGACGAGGCGGCGCGAGCGGGCGACGAGGUGAGGAUGGUGGUGGUGUCGGACGUCCACGGCGAGGUGGCGCAAGCGCACCGGGCGGUGGCAUGGGUGGCGGACAACGGAGUCGCGCCUGAUGUGGUAGUUGUCCUCGGUGAUCUGGCCAACAUCAAGACGGCCGAGAUGGAGCAGCCGGCGGCGGCGAUGGCGGCCGAGGGCGACGUGGCGGUGCUGCUCGACAUCCUCGCCAACAUCGACGCGCCGCUGGUGUGGAUUCCGGGCAACCACGAUCCUCCGGUAGCACACCAGCCGGGAUGCAGCUCUCCGCAGCUUGUUGACGGCACGCACUCGGCUCAUCUCUCGGUCGUUCCGCUCGCCCGUGACUUGCUCAUGGUCGGGUGCGGCGGCUCGGUGCCGGCGCUCGAUGGCGACGGUGCACAGGUGUGGGAUGGGUAUCCGUGGACCGAGGAGCAGCUGGAGGCUGCGCUGGAAAGCGUUGCGGGGCCGUUGGUGGGCAAGAGUACGAGCGAGAAGGCCUCGAUUGUGCUGCUCACCCACUGCGGACCUAGCAGGUGCUCGACGACGGUGUAUCCGCGUGCGCCGCCGGCGAGCGAGGUGCUCACGGGCUCGGGCGCGCUCGAGCGGCUACUGCGGCGGCCGGAGAUGCAAGCAGCUGUGACGGUCAACAUGCACGGGCACACACAUCCUGGGUGGGGGCUGGGGCACAUCGGCAUGGUGCCUGUCUUCAAUCCGGGAUCGCUCCGCGAUGGGCGGCUGGGGCUGGUGCGGCUGCGGCGGAGCGUGCGGCCGUCGGGCGAGUUAGGCGAGUGGCAGGUCUCGCGGGCCGAGAUUGUUGUCCUUCCGCCGUAGCUACGAGGACUGGGCCGUGACCGAGUCGCGGAGAACGGUCCGCAUCAGCUCGGCCCACUUGCGUGCGGC